CCCGCGCCUGCGCAGUGGGGGGGAGGGGGGAGGCGUCGGCGGCGCUUCUCCUCUCCUUUCCUCCCUUCAGGAGCUGUCAGUGCCUCUCGGGCCGCUCGCCUGGCAGGUCGCAUUCCCGGAGGCGCCUCCUGAGGAGACUGAGCGGCGACCGAGCCAGGAUGGAGAGCGGCGGGCGCGGGCAGAGGCCGCCUUUGCCGCCAUUGAGCAGACCCAAGCUUUGUCGUUGGAUUUUUCAAGACCAAAGGCUAGUGAAAAGAAAACUUUCUACAUAACAGUUUAGAAAAGUGACCAGUUACAUCAGAUUGAAGAUCCCCCCCCCCCAAAACUGUUUGUAACAGCUAAGUAGCUUCCUUUGGACCUUCAGUGAUCAUUAGGACAAUAUUUCUGAAACAGCAUGACUAAUUGUAAAGGAAGAUCUGUCAGCAAGAAAAUAAAUGAGAAAGCCUAUCAUGGAGAAGGAUUUGUAAAUUGGACAAUAAAUCUAAGUACAAUUCAGUCUGACAAGUUCUUGAACCUGCUGAUGAGCAUGGUUCCAAUUGUUUAUCACAAAAACCAGGAAGAGAGACAUAAAAAAGUGAAUGGUGUCUGGCAAGAUGGAUUACAGCCAACAGGACACGGUUUCAGCGUUAGGACUGAUCAACACAUGGAUUAUCAUCACUUUUCAGAAUCAAAUUUUCAUCAAGGUAGUAAUGGACAUAAUUCAUCAAGCUGUAGUCCAAAGUAUGAUAACUUUACAAGCUAUAAUUAUUCAGAUGGAAUUGACUUAUCAGAAACAGAUGCUAUGCUGCAGGACAACAGUGCAUCUAGUGAUGUUGAUGAAGAUACAAUUGUGGAAGGGAGCAGAAAACAGCCAAAAGAAUCUAGUAGUAUUAUGGCAUUGCAGAUACUAGUUCCAUUUCUGCUAGCAGGAUUUGGAACAGUGUCAGCUGGGAUGGUUCUAGAUAUAGUUCAGCAUUGGGAAGUGUUCAAAAAUAUAACCGAAGUUUUCAUCUUGGUUCCUGCACUACUGGGUUUAAAAGGUAACCUGGAAAUGACUUUGGCUUCCCGACUGUCAACAGCUGUAAAUGUUGGAAAAAUGGAUUCACCAAUUGAGAAGUGGAAUCUAAUAAUUGGUAAUCUGGCCUUAAAACAGGUGCAAGCAACAGUCGUUGGGUUUUUGGCAGCUGUGGCAGCGGUUAUAUUAGGCUGGAUUCCUGAGGGCAAAUACCACCUUGAUCACUCAGUCCUUUUGUGUUCUAGCAGUGUAGCAACAGCCUUCAUAGCAUCCCUUUUACAGGGAAUAAUAAUGGUUGGAGUUAUUGUUGGAUCUAAGAAGACAGGCAUAAAUCCUGACAAUGUUGCAACACCUAUUGCAGCAAGUUUUGGAGACCUUAUCACUCUUGCCAUACUUGCUUGGAUAAGUCAGGGUCUUUAUGAUUGCCUUGAGAAAUAUUAUUAUAUAUCUCCUUUAGUUGGUGCCUUUUUCUUGGCUCUGACUCCCAUGUGGAUUGUUAUUGCUGCUAAACAUCCAGCUACAAGAACUGUUCUCCAUUCAGGCUGGGAACCUGUUAUAACUGCUAUGGUCAUAAGCAGUAUUGGUGGCCUUAUUCUGGACACGACAGUAUCGGAUCCUAAUUUAGUUGGGAUUGUUGUUUACACUCCGGUAAUAAAUGGUAUUGGUGGCAAUCUUGUAGCAAUUCAAGCAAGCAGAAUUUCUACAUACUUACAUUUACAUAGUGUUCCUGGAGAAUUACCAGAGGAAGCAAAGGGGUGCUAUUACCCUUGCAGGACAUACUGUGGUACAGGAGUAAACAAUAAAUCAGCACAAGUUCUUCUACUUUUAGUGAUUCCUGGGCAUUUAAUUUUCUUGUACACUAUUCAUUUAAUGAAAAGCGGACAUACUUCUUUGACUCCAAUCUUCAUAGUUGUAUAUUUGUUCACAGCUCUCCUGCAGGUGUUUAUCUUGUUAUGGAUUGCUGACUGGAUGGUGCACCACUUUUGGAAAAAAGGAAAAGAUCCAGAUAGCUUUUCUAUCCCUUAUCUCACUGCACUUGGAGAUCUUCUUGGAACUGCCUUACUUGCAAUGAGUUUUCACUUUCUGUGGCUCAUUGGUGACAGAGACGGGGAUGUAGGAGACUAAUGCACCAGAUGCUCACAUUAACUGAUCAUGUUAGAUGAAGAUGAGAAACAGGAGACAACCACUUAAUAUAUUAUUUCCUCUGAAGAAUUUGAAGACGGUUUGUUGAAUUUGAUUAUGGUGCAAUCCUACACACAUCUACUCAAAAAUAAGUUUGACUGAUUUCAGUGGAACUUAUUCUCAGCUAAAAGUGUUUAGGAUUCUAGCCUCAUUGUAUUAUCACUGAUACUAAAAGGCCUUAACAUUUGUAAAUUAUGAAAUAUAGCUGGACAAAAGAUUUAAAUAUUUUUACACUACACAGGAGUGUAGUUGUUGCUUUCUCACUCCAUCCAUCUACAGAAGGGGAAAGGUUGAUCAGUCUUGUACCAAGAAACAAAGCCCAGGUAUGUAGUUGAGGGGCAGUAAAUAACAAAGUGAUAUGAUUUAAUCAUGUUUUUAUCUGUCUAUCAUAGACCAGUGUAUGUUUCUGCAGGCAGCCUGGCUGCAUUUCAACUCACACAAUGUAAUGGGUGCAUAAAAUCUGUUUCUAUUUUAUAGUUAAGUUUUCUGGAUUUGGGAACAUUUUGCUUAAUAGUAGCCAAAGCUUUCUGCAUGUAAUUUUUCCCUCAAAAAGAGACAUUCCAUACAGAUAUUCUAUUCAGUACUCCCUUUUACUUGCUGCAGAAACAGCAUAAAAGAACUUCUGUUCUCCACAAAAAAUGGAAGGAUGUUUACAAUAGAGAUAAUACAGUUUGACCAUGCAUGGAAUUUAAUGAAGUUGUAUUAAUAACUGCAUUUCAAAAGGCAUAUUAACACUGUUUUAAAAUGUUCAGUUAUGAACUUUGCAAUUUAUUGUAAAGAGAAGUAUAAGUUCUACAGGGAAUGAAGGCUACCUAGAAUACACAGGGGAUAAGUGUGGGGAAAUAGAUUUUGAUAUGUAGUUAUGAGGGUUCUUAAAGACAAAACAAAGAGAUAACACCAUAUUAUAUUUUUAAGAAAUGCUGUUGAAGAAAAGGAGCCAUUAUAACCAGUAACAAUGCUGUGCAGAUAUAUACAAAUAGUGGUUAUUACUACUGUGUAGGUGCCACCCUGCAGCAGUUGGGCAUUUAAGGGCUUUUCCAAAUUCAAUUUAUUGUGAAAUAACAAUGCUGUUUCUUCUCUAGUGUUCUGAAGGAUUCUGGCAUCGUUUCAGAAAUAACGUUGUUGUAAGAAAAUCACAUUUUCUCGGUGCUUGAACCAGAAAAUGUCCUGCUAAUAAAACGUCAUUUCCUAGG